AUGUUUAAUAAAGUGUUGUUUUGGAACAUCCGAGGCCUUGGUACCUCCAGAAAACAUUUGAGGGGGCUGGUACGAGAGCAGCACCCCAUUAUUCUGGUUAUUGCAGAACCAUUUAGGGAUGAUACUCAUUUGAGUUAUUGGAAAACGUUUCUAGAAUUUGAUGAGUGUUUGUCAAAUGCUAGUCAAGCAGGAAAGAUUUGGUGUUUUUGGAAGUCUGGUUUGAAGGUGGAUGUAAUGGGUGUUUUAGAUCAACAUCUUACUUUGCUUAUUAAUUCAAGUUUAUUGAUGUCAUCGGUUUAUGCAAAGUGCCGAUUUUUAGAUUGGAGGUCUUUGUGGAUUGAUUUACUUGGAGCAAAUAAUUUGCAGUUUCCUCAUGUGACUAUUGGGGAUUUUAAUGUCUUACGUAAUGAUAAUGAGAGAAGAGGGGGAAAUCCAAGGAUGCUUAUUGCAAUGGAGGAUUUUUGUUCCUUUAUUGAUGAUGGCAGAUUUGUUGAGUUGCCUUUUUCAGGUAAUGGCUUUUCUUGGUGCAACAGACAAUUAGGUAUGGCCCGUUCACGGGCUAGACUGGAUAGAGCUUUAUGUAAUUCCAAGUAUAAGGAUCUUUAUCCGUCGGGUAGAAUUCAGUAUCUUCCUAGGAGGACUUCCGAUCACUCCCCUAUGGUUUUGGGUCUUUCGGUUUCAUCUACUAAGUAUGGUCAUACUUCAUUUAAAUUUCAAUAUAUGUGGAUUAAUCAUGAAGACUUUUGGAGAUGUGUUUCAUUCUUGGUAGGUGGAGGUAAUGGUACAGGAAAGCAUAUUAAAGAAUUAGAAGCAAAAGUGGAGGAAGGUGAAUUUAGGCUACAAGAAUGUUACUCAGAGGAUGUUGAAGUAGACGUUUUAGCUAACAAGGUUGAGCUUGAUGUCUGGUUAAAAAGGCAAGAGUCUCGUAUUGCUCAACAAGUCAAACAAAAGUGGGUAUCACAUGGUGAGGUUUCGACUGCUUUCUUUAAAGCUUUGCAGAAUCAAAAGCAUAAUAUGGUGAUGGAAAUGAAGCUCUCUGAUGGCAGAGUGCUUACCUCACCUGAAGGUAUCCAUGAGGCUGUGUGUGUUUAUUUUGAGGAUUUCCUUAAAGCUAAGUCAACAAGUUCAUUGCCAGAUUUGGUUGGGUUAAUUUUAGAGGAAGUUUCGGAGGAGGAAAAUCAAUUUUUUGAUAGUAAUCCGUCAGUUGGGGAUGUAAAAGAUGCACUUUUUUUAUUCCUGUGGAUAGUAGUCCAGGGCCGGAUGGAUUUGGCUCAGGUUUUUUUCAGCAUUGUUAGUCCUUGGUGUAUCAAGAUUUAUGGGAAGCUGUUAGUGAUCUUUUUGGCGAGGCUCCCUUACCAAGGUUUUACUCUGCCUCUUAUAUUGUCUUAA